AUGUCAACAUUGAGAGGUGACUUGGAACAGAACUCACCGAUCGACUUUGAUCCUCUCGCGGUGCCGCACUAUGCUUCAUCGGGCGGCUCUUCCCCUUCCCAUGGCGGUGCAGCCGUAAGAUCAAAUCUUGACUCACCAUUGGCAUUUGGAGAAUCAUCAGGUGACAUAGAACAUUGCUCACCAGGGCCACACGAGGAAUCAGGAGAGGAAAGAGAUACAUGGAAGGAUGAUUUGUGCCAUGCAAUAUGUGUUAACAACUGGAGUGAUGCGAAAGUAAUUCUGAAGCGAAAGCCUAAUGCGUUGACUGCAAAAAUUGAUAAUCAAGGAAGAACACCACUUCAUGUGGCUGCAAUGUUCGGGCACAUCACGAUAGUGGAAGAGUUGCUGACAUCACUGCCUCCACAGUUCCUUGAAACUCCUGAUUUGUUCGGCGAUACAGCACUUGGAUUGGCUUGUCGGUUUACUGGAAUCACCCAAGUUGCAAAAUGCCUCGUAAACAAGAAUUACAGCAUAGUUUACAUACCAAAUAGGGAUGAUAACCUUCCUGUUACAGUGGCUUUUGCAGAUGGUUGCCAAGAAAUGGGACGUUUUCUUUAUUCUGUCACUCCAUUGGAAUACCUCACAGGCUGUCGGGGUUCCAGGCUUCUUCGUUAUUGUUUCCGUGCACAAUGUUUCGAUAUUGCACUGGAUUUGCUUCAAAAAUGCACAGAAUUGCUUUUCAUGCCUGUCGAUAAUGAAGGGUGGACGCCAAUUCAUGAGAUUGCGACCUUGAACACUGCUAUUGUUUGCCCAAGUGAACUUAUCUUCUGGAAAAAAUGGAUUUAUGACUAUAUAAAUAUACCUUCAACUACAAGUAUCAAUCAUGUUAGUGUUGACAUCCAACAAGACAAAAGUCAGGGGCAUAAAGUGAAACUUACUGAGCCAGGAGUUAAGAAACUACAAGAGCUAAAGCUGUUGCAUGCACAAGCAGAUGGCGUUGUUCGUUUAGUUUGUCGGAAUGCAAGGGAAGCACACCAAAAGGGAGUUAUAGAUGAGGCUUUAUGUCUUGCAGCUAGAGAAGGAAAUGUUCAGUUUGUGUUUCAAGUAUCAAGAGCAAUCCCAGAGAUUUGCCUCAGUAAAACGAUGGUUUUGUGUUUCCAUACAGCUCUUGAUUAUCGGCAAGCCAAGGUCUUCAACCUCAUCCAUGGGUUUCGCUUCAAGCAUCGCAUGGUAACAAUGACACCCGAUAAUGAUCCUAGAAAUACCAUGAUGCAUAAGGUGGCUAUAAAGGCUCCUGAUCACGUUCUUAAUCGCAUCUAUGGACCAGCGUUUCAAAUGCAAAGAGAGUUGCAAUGGUUCAAGGAGGUUGAGAGCGUAACGCCUCCAAACUUCAGAGUACUUAAAGACAAUAAAGGCAGGACAGCUGAAGAAUCAUUUAGAGAACAUCACAGAGAACUAAUGAAGCAAGGGGAAGAAUGGAUAAAAGCUACAGCAUCUUCUUAUUCUCUUGUUGGCUUCUUAAUUGUCACCAUCACAUUUGCUGUAGCUUUUACUCUUCCUGGAGGAAAUGAUCAGAACUAUGGAUUCCCCUUAUUCAUGAAACAACCGACUUUCAAUGUUUUUAUACUCUCAACCGUAGUAUCCCUCGUCUCUUCCUCAACUUCUGUUCUAAUGUUUCUGGCCAUCCUUACGUCUCCCUUUUCAGAAGAAGCAUUCCUCAAUUUCUUACCUUCAAAGUUGCUUUUCGGGGUUUCUACACUUCUUAUCUCUGUUGUGGCUAUGAUCAUCACAUUUCUCUCUGCCAUUCGUCUCACGCUGAAGCAUUCAAACUAUCAUGGGGCUAUCCUUCCCAUUAUUUUAUUCACAAGUGUUCCCAUCUCUUAUUCCCUAUGGUCACUAAUUCCUGUCAUUCGUAGUACUGCCUUUUCAGCUUAUGGGACUGUCUUUGAUAGGAAAGUGACACUAUGGCCAUGA